GUUUUACAGAACGGAAGUGUUAAAGAGUAGUUAAAGGUUAGCCGAAUACAACUGUUGUCUCUUGUGUUGACUGUGAAUUUGUUGUGCUGGGCGUCUGCUGUUACAUUGAUGAGGGAUUUUGAUUAUAAGGUAAAAUCUGUCUACGUUUCUUAUUGAAGGAACCUGAACAGCUGCACUGUUGUUAGCCUAGCUUAGCUCGACCCAGGUUUCCCCUCCCUGUCCUCCACAUGGUGUCAUUGUUGAUUUAUAUUUAGUACAAUUUUACAUCAUGUUUUACAUCAUAUACGAAAAAACAAAAACACGCGCCGUGUUAUUUCAAACUAAGUUGUGCUCAAAUUAAAUAGUUUUGAUUUUCCUCUCCUGAGUGUUAAUAAAAGUGCAGUCGAGACAUGGUGGGAUAUGACCCCAGGGCUCAGACUGCAGCACCUACCCCAGAAGAGGCAGCCCUUUCUGGAUCAGCUGCUGGGAUGGUCACCAGAGCCCUCAUCAGCCCAUUUGAUGUAAUUAAAAUCAGAUUUCAGCUGCAGAUAGAGCGGGUGUCUUCACAAAGACCCGAAGGAAAAUAUUGGGGAAUAUUUCAGGCAUCUCGAAGGAUUUACUCAGAGGAGGGUCUCUCUGCUUUCUGGAAGGGUCACAUUCCAGCACAGCUUCUCUCCAUCUGCUACGGGGCCGUCCAGUUUGUCAGUUUUGAGUUUCUGACCGAGGUGGUUCACAAGUCGACGCCAUAUGACAGUCGGACAUCGGGAGUUCAUUUUUUCUGUGGCGGCUUGGCAGCCUGCUCUGCUACGGUGGCCUGCCAGCCUCUGGACACAUUGAGGACACGCUUUGCAGCUCAGGGAGAACCCAAGGUGUACAGCAACUUGCGGUAUGCUGUGUCUACGAUGUGGCGCUUCGAGGGACCAAUGACGUUUUACCGCGGCCUGUCUCCAACCCUGGUGGCAGUGUUUCCUUAUGCUGGACUGCAGUUCUUCUUCUAUAAUGUCUUUAAACAGCUGUCAGGUCCUUCAUCUACAUCCAGAGAUUCAGGAGGAAACGUGAGAAGCCUGAUAUGCGGCAGUGGAGCUGGAAUGAUCAGUAAAACCCUCACAUACCCCUUUGAUUUGUUCAAAAAGAGGCUGCAGGUGGGGGGCUUUGAGAAAGCCCGAGCUCGCUUUGGAAAGGUGCAGACGUACAGAGGCCUGACAGACUGCGCGGUUCAAAUAGCCAAAGAGGAAGGGAUCCGAGGCUUCUUUAAAGGCCUCUCUCCGAGCCUUUUGAAGGCUGCUCUGUCCACGGGCUUCACUUUUUUCUGGUACGAGUUCUUCCUCAACGUUAUGCGGAACAUUAAGGAGGAACGGAGAACAGAUGACCUUGGGGAAGACCAUAAGGGGAGAUGAUGAAUAAAAAAACAAAGCAAAUGAGGCAUUCACACGCCUUUAUAUAUGCCUAAUGCCUAAUUGCACUAACCUGACUGGGUUUAUUUGGGUGUUUAUAUAUGUUAAAGUGGAAAAAUAACAUAUACAGAUCAUAUGUUGGUGUAUCAUUUACUCUUAUUUUGAAAGUUUUAUAUAUUUUUUCAUUAAUUUAAUUUAGGUUUAGAUCACCCAGGAAACCAUUUCAGUCUCGGAGUUUAAGUAUCAUGCUUGAACCUUUCGACUCGUAUGAGCCCCAACAAUGACAUGUUCGUUUUCGUUAUUAAUCAGAUUCUAUAGAUAAUCUACUGUCACCCGAUGGUGUUCAAAAAGGGUUCUAUUUUCAACAUUUUGCAAUUAUAAAAAUUUUCAAACCACACAAGAGAUAAUGGAGAAUAGCCACAUCCUCUUUAGGUCCACCGGGUUCACUAAAGCAAGUAGGUCAUGAAGGCUCUGGUGUCACUAUGAUCACUUUUCCUGAAGAUUCAGUUAGUGACCAAAAAUUAAGCAGCAAGUUGGAUACUCAGGAGAAAUUCUUGAACUUGGACGUCAUUUGUCACACAUGCAGACCAGCAAUGGCCGCUAGCUUGUCUAGAAGGGGCAUCAGAAGGCAUUGCAAGUCAAAAAAUGUUAUAUGCAGUGUUGGGCCGUCAUAACAGUGAGCACAGUUCAGCAGACCCACUUAAUGCCUGCUAGAUACAUCGGUGUGCAGCUUUAACCCUUGAUUGAGUUUGUUAGGGGUCACAUUUUGAGUAUACAUGAGGCCAGGUAGUCUUCCUAUGCUAUUACCUGCCAUCUCAGACGUCCCACAUACCAAGCAAUUGCACAGUGUUGCCUUAUCCAAACCCAAAAUAUGACCCCUGCCAGAUCCUAUCAAAGCUGAUUAUGUGGGGCACGGCCAAAUCUUGGCCACUGCGACCUGCCAUCCCCCUCUCUUCACCUCUUUUCCUGUCUGCCUACUUGCAAAGAACAAAAAGACAACAAAAAAAGGCAACUAGGGUGAAAAACAAUUCUUAAAAAAAAAAAGCUGAUAAUGUGUCUAAAAUGCCUUUUUCUGUCUGGUAACGUUCACUUGCUGUUUUGUGUGACUCAGUUGAUAUGGGUUGAUGCCACCACUUAUCCACUCUGAUGCCCAUUUUGGCUUUUCAUACCCAAUAACAUACUGUGUGUUUGAACUCAAUAAAAUAGUUGAGCACCAUCCUAAGCGUGUAAUCAGCAUCAGAUUCUGCUUAACAACAUCCAGUGCUGGUCACAUUUACUGAAGCUUCUGGUAAAGAUACAUGGAAAAUAAAAUAAAUUACGUUCUUAUUGCUGUAGCUUUGACAACUCCUCUUUGCACAAUCUCUCCAAAUUGUCAAAAGUCUUGGAUCCUCCAUUAUGCUCUCUCCUCUCUUAGGUCAUCCCACAACCUUUUAUAGGAUUUAGGUGUGAGGAUUUAGAUGGACGAUUUUUCGUCUGGGGAUCAGUAAAUGUUGAUUUGGUUAUGUGUUGGGCACAGAAUUUGAAUUGAAAAUAUUGUUGCACUUCAAAUAUGCCCAAAGCAUCACAGAUCCGCUGACAUACUGGUCCUUCUCAAAAUAUUAGCAUAUUGUGAUAAAGUUCAUUAUUUUCCAUAAUGUCAUGAUGAAAAUUUAACAUUCAUAUAUUUGUGAUGAAUUUGUUUCAGAGGAUGAACUUCACAAUGAAACUUGGCACAUUUUGUAUUCAGUUUACCUGCUGUUACCUUUAUAUUUUCUUGAAGUGUCGUCUGAUGUUUGUCCUAGAGUUUCACAUGGAUUAUGUGCAAACACAUCCAUUAAAACACUUAAUAUUUAUUUUGAUAUAAACUAUAUUUAGAGGGCAAAACCAAAUGAAACCUUGACAUUUAUAACUCAUUUAAAUAUUUGCGUUUGUCUUGACUUAAGCUUACUGUCCAGCUGCUUUGUAAAUGCUUGUGUUUCAUGUAUUUUCCCAUUCCUGUGACUCAGGUCUUCAUUUCUUUGCAAAUAAAAUGUUCAACCACA